AUGUCUCGUUGCUUCCCAUUUCCACCUCCAGGAUAUGAGAAGAAGAUUACAACUGUUGAAGCAGACCCUUUGAUUAAGGAAAAGCAAAAGAAGGAAAAGAAGCACAAAAAGGAGAAGAAGGAUAAAGAAAAGAGAGAAGGAAAAGAGAAAAAGGAUAAAGAAACAAGCAAAGACAAACACAAGGAUCGGAAGGAGAAAAACGAUAAACCUAAAGAUAGGAAAGACAAAGAUCGGGAUAGAGAAAAGAGGAGAGCUGCCGAGGAAGAAAAAGCUGUUGUUCCUCUGCCAGACACAGGGGACGAUAAGUUUGUACAAGACUUGGCAAGAAGGAUCAAUUCUGAAGAAGAAGCUAGAGAAAGUCAAAGUGCAAAAAGGUCUGAAGAUGAGGUUCUUCGUGUACCAUCAUGCACGGUUCAAAAAGAAGCUGAGGUUAUGUUUAAACCAGUGGAGAGAAAAGAUAAAAAUGAACUACAAGAGAAGAAUCAUCGUGAGGAAACUGUGAGAAAGAGUGAUAAGCAAUUGCAUAAUGAAGAGAUGAAGAAAAGUGAACCAAAGACCACAAGAGAUACAAGUAGUAAGGAGAUAAACAAAACUGGUCAGGAGAAACCAAAAUAUGUGGAGGGAGGGCCAAGAUUAAAAGAGAGAGAAGGAAUCCUUGGCAAAAGGAAGGACCAUGAGGCGGCAAAUGGAUUGUUGUAUGAGAAUGGAUCUAAUCCCAAGAUUCCCAACAAGGUACAUAGGCCAGGUGCUUCUCCUCUAUCAUCCGUAGAAAACGGAAGGAAGUUGGGAGCAUACCAAACUCCACCAAAGUCUGUUUCUGAGCUGCAAGGAACAGUGUGUAAUUCAGAGGUCAAGAAGCAUAAAAUUAACGGUUUCAUUGAGUCUCAAGAAUCGAAAAGCCGUCCACCAGUUUCUUCGGUGAAAGUGAAGGAAAACGGUGUAGCAUCAGCAAAGAAGCGGCCUCAUUCGGACUUGAAGUACCUGGAUCAGAUACUGAAUGUACCGAAAAGAGAAGAGUUGCUUGAGGUUGAUGAUGAUGAAAAAGAAUGGCUGUUUGGUCAGUCUGGUGUGAAAUUAUCAAAGAAGCAAAGAGCAGAUUCUUCUUCUUCUGUUUCGUUGGAUGAGGCUCUGCAAGUUUGGAACAAGGCUCUUAGAUUAGAAUCUGCUGAUAUCAUAGCUCUUCCUUAUGUUGUUCCAUUCUAG